AUGGCAGCGGCGGAGCUGCAGGAGCUGCGGGCGCUGGUGGAGCGGGCGGGCGGGCGGCGGGCGGUGCUGCUGGUGGCCGAGGUGGCCGAGGGAGCCCCGGCGGCGCCCGCGAUGGCCGCCUUCGCCCGCGACCUCCUGGGCGACGAGGCGCCGCCCGCACCGUGCCCGGUGCCGGGGUGCCGGUCGCGGCGGCGGCGGGCGGGCGGCGGGCGGCGGAGAGCGCUGGAAGCGCGGCUGCUGCUGGUGCUGAGCGGGGCGGCGCGGGGCCGCGGGGCCCGGGCCCGCCUGCGGGAGGUGGUGCGGGACGUGCGGGGCCGCCUGCCCGCGGCGCCGCCGCCCGCCGUCGUGGGCGUCCUGCUGCCCGGCGGGGACGGCGAGGACGCGGCCGUGCUGGACGCGGCGCUGCGGCGGCACUUCCCGGCGCCCGGCACGGUGCAGGCGGCCCGGUACAGCCCCGGCUGCCCCGGCGAGUGCCGCGCCGCCGCCUGCCGCGCCCUGCGGGCCGCCCUGCAGCACCCCGCAGAAGAGAGGAAAGACAGGGAGAGGUGGAGGCUCCCAUCCUUCCUGCGGUGCAUUUCUUGGAAACAGAGGAGCUGGAGAAAAGAUCACAAAGCAAAAGCUGCAAACAAUAUUCAUGAAGAUGGCCUGCAGGACCCCGAGGAAGAAGUGGCUUUGACCAGCCUGUCCCCCAAUGGAAACUGUGAAGAAGCUGCUGGAGGCACAGGCACCUAGAGCUGCUGGGCACCCAGCACAGUCCACAUCCCAGAUCUGCCUGGUGGAUUUGGAGCAGUGGGAGGAAGAGCUGGUGCAAUGCUCACUCACCCUCUCCUCCAAGGACCCACUACUCCAUGGAGAAGCUGUUCAGCUGAACUCCUGAGGGUCUUCUGGAGCUCCUGACAGCCUCCGGGGUUUGUGCCAGAGAGCCAUUCCCUGCUGUGCCUGGAGCUGCUGCUGGACACUGGGCUUCUGAGAAGGCCUUUGGGGAUGUAUCCCAUAUCCUGGGCAAGAUGACGUUGGGACUUUGAGCAUGAAAUGCAGCCACCCGUUUGAAGAAUGAGGAGCAUUUUCUAAUUCUGAGCAAAGUUCCCUGCUGAGGCUGCCAGGGCUGGCCUUCCUGGCAGACCAAUUCUGCUGCCUUGUUUUCCUGCUUUAUUGGUGCUUUGAAGUUCCUACUCUCUUUGUGAUCGAGCCAAAAAAAAAAAGACAAGUGACACAGUGGUGUGGAGAGACUGCAGUGGGACUAAAUGAGGUCCUGGAUCUACCAGCUACUGAAAAGGCUUGAGUGUAACUGUGUAACGUGAAGAAUGCAGUAACAGCCCACUGUGGGUAGCAGGAAUAACAUAAAAGAUAUUGAUAGUAAUGGCAGCUUGAACAGAGUGUGGUUUGGGAGCAGGAUUCCUCUGGCUUGUCCUGGUGCUCACAGACUGGCUGAUGGACUGCCUGGGUUGGAGGGGUGGCAGGUGGACAGUAAGGUGUGGCUGGUGUUAGAUGGGGCUAUGGGAGAGGCCCAUCUUACCUGGGACAUCUCCACAGCUAUGUGAUGGCAGAGCUUGGAGGUGACAGGUAACACAAGAUGUGGCUGCUUCAUGAAUAAAUAUAUAAAAUGAUCUAUUUAAGUA